AUCAGAAACAGAGAGAUUUGUUGCUAAACGAGUUACUUACCCGUUCUUAUAUCUGACAAAAUUUGGUACACUUGUCAUAUGUCAGCAAACCGAACAUCAUGGCUGAUGCCGUUGCCACUUUUCUUAAGAAGUUGUUCAGCGACAUCCAUGAACUUUACAAGUCAUCUCAUGAAAGUCUGUUGUCAUCUGCCGAAUUACAAGAUCAAGAGAGAGAAGUAACCAAACAGUUUGAUGCUCUUAUGGGUCAUCUCAAGAAGAUGAUGCUGGGAUAUGAUAAUGAGCAAGUGCAGGUAAUAUUUACCAUAUUGGAACAAGAGGUGGCUCAGAUACAUGCUCAGAAUUUCGCUAGACUAUCACUGAGUGAUGGAAUAAUACAGACUUGUGAAGAACUUUGUAACAACCAAUGUGAUAGAAUACUAGAGACUUGUGAAGAACUCUGUAACAUCCGAUAUGGCUUAAACAUAGUGGGAGAAGAUAUUGUUGUGGGCCUUGAUGAUGAAGUGCAAACACUUCUUGAUCAACUUACCGACUCUACAAAGCAGUUGCAGGUUAUCUCAAUCACAGGAAUGCCUGGGAUUGGCAAGUCAACUUUGGCUCGAAAACUAUACACAGAUCCAUUAAUUGAGUAUGUUUUUCACAUUCGAGCAUGGACUUGUGUUUCUCAAGCAUAUGUGAAGAGAGAUGUGCUACUCGGUAUUCUGAAGUCCUUUCUCAAUUAUCACACAGAAGAGAGCUAUAAAAUGACUGAUGAACAGUUGGGGGAAAAGCUAUACAGGCUUUUAAAGGGUCGUCAGUAUUUGGUGGUCUUAGAUGACAUCUGGGAUUCUGUAGCCUGGAAUGACCUCAGAAUCUAUUUUCCAGAUGACAAAACCGGAAGCCGGGUUCUUUUUACUAGCCGUGAUACUGAUGUGAGUUUGAAUGUAGGGUCAGCCAGACCUGCUCUUGUUUUGCGUCCACGUACCGAAGAUGAAAGUUGGGUCAUAUUUCAGACAAAGGUAUUUAGAACCGGAAUAUGCCCUCACCGGUUGUGGGAAUUUGGAAGGGUGAUAACAAGAAACUGUGAGGGGUUGCCUCUUGCAAUCGAAUUAACAGCAGGUCUCUUGAAAAAUAAAACAUCAGAUAAUUGGUGGGAAAAAAUAGCGCAGGACACACGUUCGUAUAUGGUUCGAGAUCGAAGCCAAUACAUCGACUCAUUGGCUUUAAGCUACAAUCAUUUGUCUCGUGAACUGCAACGGUGUUUUCUCUUUCUUGGACUAUUUCCCGAAGACUAUGACAUCCCAGUGACAAAAUUGAUUUGGCUAUGGGUUGCUCAAGGAUUCAUACGUGAAACAGGAAGCAAAAUCUUAGAGGAUGUUGCAGAGGAUUUCUUGAUGGAAUUAAUCAAGAGAGGUCUGCUGAAAAGUUCUAAAAAGAGAGCUGAAGGCCUAAUCAAAGCAUGCCGCAUCCAUGAUUUAUUGCGGGAGUUAUGCUUAAAGAAAGGUGAGGAAGAGAUUAAUGAUACGAUAACCAAAGGGCACGAACCUGAUGCUGAAUCAUCCUACCCAGACAUUACAAUUUAUGUACAACCCGGACUGUCAUUCAAUUGGGCUGCAUUUUCCCCAAACUCUAGCUUGUGCCAUCCAUUCAAACGCAACCCCCAACUUAGUCUUGAUGGACAUGUUUCGAGUAUAAAUUACCAUUUCCUUCGGAUUCUAGAUGCAGAAUCUGUCCAUAUUCCAGAACUUCCUACUGUACACGGCCUUGUUAAUUUAAGAUACUUGGCCAUUCAAACUCAUGAUGGAAGUCCCCAAGCGUCAAUCUCGAGACUUGUCAACCUACAAACGUUGAUAAUCUUGUCAGAGAAGAGUAUUGUUUUACCAGCAACCAUCUGGAAUAUGGUAAAUGUAAGGCACCUGUAUAUGAAAUCAAAAGCAGGGGAAAAUUUUAUCCAGGAGCCUUAUUUUGUACAAGUAACAGACAAGAAAGAUUGUCACAGUGGUUUGGCUAGCCUGCAGACCUUAUCCCACAUAUGUCCUCGAUCUUGCCAGAAUUUAUCUUUAAGGAAUCCGAAUCUUAGAAAACUUGGUUUUUGCGGACCCUUAAUAUCAACCCAAGGUGAUAUUCAUUUUCCAAAUAUACGCUCUUUGGAGCACCUUCAUAAGCUAAAGUUAUCCAAUACACUUUACAAUUCUCAGCCAACAAGGUUGCUCAAUGCUUCAAUGUUCCCUGACAAGCUUAGGAAUCUGACCUUGUCAAACACUGGCAUGGAUUGGGAAGAUAUGCAGUCAUUGUCCUUGCUACCUAACCUUGAAGUUCUUAAAUUGAAAUUCCAUGCUUGCAUUGGAGAAAUUUGGGAGACGAGCAAUGGAGGGUUUCAGCGACUCAGGAUAUUGAAGCUGCAUGUCUUGAACUUGGGAGAAUGGAUAUGCUCUAGAGAUGACUUCCCACGUCUACAGCGUUUAGUGGUUCUUCAUUGCUCAAAUCUUAAAAGUAUCCCCUCCGACCUAGGGAGGAUUUAUACGCUCGAAGAAAUUGAUGUGCAAGGAUGUAGGAAGUCUGCACAGGUCUCUGCUUUAGACAUCCAGGAAGAGCAAGAGAAUGAAGGAAACUGUUUAUUAAAAGUCCUUGCUGCAGAUAAUUACAGCUGAGUAAAUCUACAGAUGCCUAGCUGCCCAGGUUAGUAUGUUUUAAACUCUGCAUCAGUGUGAAUUAAAGAUCAAAGGUAAAGUUGUGAAAAUCAGGUGGGUCAAUGGAGAUGGGGCUCCAAAGUCCAAACAAAUCGACUUCGGCCAUUAGCCUGGUUUAUAUUGGUUUUUGAACAAAAGAUUAGCACAUGAAAGUGUACUAAACUUUGCUCAGUUUGCUAUUGUGUGUAUUCACUCUAAAAACCUCUACUGUGUAUAUUAAACUCUUAAAUUUUCUUGAUUGAUGUAUCCAACUUGCAACCUCCACUAUGUGUACUAA